AUGGUCCGCCAACUGAUGCGAAACGUCCCGGAGCUCGGUCGCGGUUCAUUAACAGUCCACAGGCUACGAUUUCCGAGCCUGAAGAUGAACGUGCCAAUGGGCGUUGCUGUGUCGUCACUGAGUACUGUCACUCUUGACCCACCACUCAUUUCUUUCAACGUAAAAGAACCAUCGAAAACUUUGGAUGCGAUAAGGGCUGCUGAGGGCCGAUUUCGUAUUCAUUUCCCAGCUGGCAAUCGUGGCGGUGCGGCUAUGGUGGACCUCUUCACCCGUGGGAACCAUCCUGAUGCUUACAACAUGCGGAUCAAGAAACUAAGGCUGUUGGUGCCCGGCUUUAGCUCUGCAAUCAAAUAUCUGGAAACGCCGUCCAAGGCGCCGCAAAUUUCGAGCGAUUCUGUACGCGCUGCAAUGGAGUGCACCUUGACUCAAGAAUUCUCCGUGGCGGAUCAUGUCAUUGUCGUCGCUAAAGUCGAUAGCAUGGAGAAUAGGGCCCCAGGAAGCCGUACAAUUCUUUACGUCGACGGCUCGUAUAUACGUCCUGAUGGCACCCUGAUCACCAUACCCAAUGAUCAGGCCGCAGACAUACAGAGUACCUGCGGCGAAGAAGAGCGACGUAACUACCUGGAACAAACGAAAUCCGUGAUCAAAGCCAAGCCCAGGCUGCUUGAAUCUGGCAAGGAGGCCAUUCGCGACCUGGAAGCUAUGCUACCCAUGAGCCCUGGCACGUGGGGCAUCAAUCUGGAGCAGUUGAUUGAUCAAUGCAGACGCGAAGCAGGCAUGCCGUCGAAUCUCUCUGCUAGUUUACAAGAAUCCUCCGUCUUGAGCGAUUUCUAUGGCCGACUUACCCCGUCCGACCGGAGCAAGAUCGUCGAGCGCGCGAAGAACCUUGUUGCAACGAAUUCUGAUUACCUUGGUCAAAACUUCCGGAUCUUCCUCCAACACCUCAGUAAAGUCUCGGGCUCGUCCGUAUAUGCUGCUGCUUCACCAGAGCUGUUUGGGCCUUCCAAGAUCGACAUCGCUGGCGAAGUCUCAAAAGAAGAGACUCGCGUCAUUAUCAGCCGUGUAAUUCGGCACAUGCAGGUCGAUAACCCAACCACCUUUCGGAAACGUGUACAUAACGACUCCCAUGAAACUUUACGAUUACUGGGCAUCCAUCCAUGCAUCACUGGCUUCGAUGCCGAGUUCUUCUUCGGCAAGCUCCAACACAUCUACACAACAUCGCACAGUAUCCGUGAGAAUGCCAGCCGUGUCGAGGAGAUGCUAAAGCCAUGGUUUGAUGCUACAAUCGGCUGGGAAGACUUCGAGACACGGGUGAAGAGCUUUGUGCAGAAAGAACCCAUGCGAGCAAUGUCAUGGUCAACCCGAGACAAGCUUGCAGCCAUGGGCCUAUCAUGGGAGGCCGUCCUCGACGUGCCCUCGUCGUCAGACAAGCAGCCUCUGAACGGCGGGCACGUUCUCAACACACUUGUAGCGAAGGAACUCAAAGCCCUUCAUGGCAAAGGGCCGGAAGAGUUGAGCCAAGCCAUUGCGCUGUAUCUGAAGCAGGAAUACAACUUCGACGUUGAUCCCGAAGCUCCAGCAAUUGUCCCGCUGACGAUUUCUCGUGUCAAAAGUGCCACCCAGAAGGAUUCCGGGGUCGUACGCAACAGCAAGCGAACUGGGCGUUUCCAGAAGAUGCUAGAGAAGAAGGCCGCUGCAAAAGAGAGUAAUCGGAAGGGUAAAGAGGAGCAGGCAAAGGGAAGGAGAGUGAGGAUGCGCUACAAUUGGAAUGGGCCUCAAAGAAUAGAUUGGAAGGCGAGCACAUGUACAACACUAUAUACCAAGCGAUUUCAUGUCUGUUUAAGAGCUAUAUGCAUUAUUUAA